UUAGCGGAAGGACCGAGUUCCAGUAGAAGCGAACAUGGCGGUGGCAGGAGGAAGUCGGUGGGUGACGGCUGCUGUCGGCCGUUUGUUGUCCCGUGGCGGAGGGCCGACGCUGAGAGGUGGAGAUUGGAGUUGUGUUUGUCACAGGUCUACAUAUACUGCUCUUCCCAAUGACUACAAUUGUAAAGUAGACCUUGCGAUCACAUCAGAUGGGCGAACAAUAGUUUGUUACCACCCGUCAGUGGACAUCCCCUAUGAACACACCAAGCCUAUAAUACGACCUUCCCCUGUGGAGAAUAAAGAGGAGACCCAUGACCAGGUACUGAAGGCCAGGUUGGAUAAGGCAGUGCUACGUAAUAAACAGCCCCCUACGAUUGAAGAACUCAGUAAAAUGUUCUAUACAACAAAGCACCGUUGGUAUCCAGUUGGGCAGUACCACAGGCGGAGAAUUAAACCUAAUCCCCCAAAAGACAGAUGAUACACUUUAAUCUUUGGAAUUGCCUCUGCUACUGCUGCAUUAUAUUGGACAAGAAAUGGUUUCAACACUGGCUGUCAGUGUUUAUGGUUCCAUAUUCGGACAAUUCGAAAAACAGUCUCGCUAGCAAGACUGAGGUCCCUUACAAACCAAGAAAUGUAAAGAGCUGGUUUGGUAUAUGGUGUAUUAUUGUCGUCAGUUCUCUGUGUUAACAUAAUAAAAUGUUAUAAUUAGA